AAGAGAAUGAUCGAAUUCACGACUCAUUCUUUUAAUGACCUAAGUUCCAUUAUUAUUAAAACUAAGUUGUUAGAAUGUUAUUUUUGAGUAUAUUUUCAGAAGCUGUAAGUGCCCACCAAGAAUACAAAAGUCAUGUAGACAAGGCAAAACGACAGAUUGCAGAGAUGUGGCAGACAUUAUAGAGGCCUUGACCUUUGAGGCUGAAAGUUAGUAUCUCACUCUUACUAUUAUUUUGUUAUUCACAAACGCUGACCCGGUUGAUACUCUCUCUGUCUAUAUGGUAUUUUCUUUCUCUUCUAAUUUUACAGAUAGCAAGAAAUCUAAAAAAGUAAAAAGCCCUAAGUUCAAGACCAAACCUUUCAGACCGCUUAAAGGAGAUCCUGGUGUUCCCAUGGCGCCUUCCAUGCAAACAAGGUUGAGAUACAUAAGCCAUUGUCCAUUGCAAGCACCAGCUCCCGAAGAUAGGCCAAAGCCAUUUAAUAGAUUUGCCUUUCAGUCGGAUUCGGACGAUGAAAGUAUACUUAAAACUGGAACGAAGGGGGUCCGGUACAAGAAAAAGGUUCGAUACGUUGAUCUAAUGCCUGGGGAUAUUUUAUUACCCAAACCGCUACCGGUUGUGAAGCAUACGGAAUCAAAUAAAUCUAUUUUUAAUGUCCCAAGUCCUAAACUAAGCGGCGAAGUGAUACAGGCGCAACGCGCGUCUGUUAAACCCGGCGAUUUAAAACCUCCCUUGCCUCCCAAAUCUGCACAUGACCUAUAUAAACCUCAUAGUGGCAUAGUGAUCAACAAAGAUAAAGAGUUCGCCCCUGAUGCCGUAAGCGGUGGACUGGGAAAAUUACCAAGUAAGGAGAAAAAGAAGAAACCGUGCCACAAAGGCGGAAUAUGCCACAGGAAAACUUGCAAUAAAAGAAAAUGUCGAAAAUAUGCAGCCAUGAGAAAACGACAGUUAGGACGAAGAUCGAGAAGCCAGUCGGAUAUCCCAUACACAACGUUAGGCUCGGCGGACGGGAAACCAAGAGCAAGGGGCACCCAGAAAUACGUUCAGAACGACGAUGAAGUUUGUGGCCUCGAUGAUAUACCUAGUCCUGAACAUGUCCAAAUACCAGCCAAUUUGAAGCGCGGCACGUUACAAACACAUUCGUUAACUGUUUUACCUUGUAAUAAAGAGAAAAGGCGAGAAAUCCACUAUGGAAUAUUGACGGGAUCUUUCAACAUGUAUGACAGCAAAUUCAGUGCGCGAACAAGAGGCAGACAGGCGUUGACAAUGAGUGUGAUGGCGUAUUGCCUGGCUUUCCACUACCAUCCCAAGCAGUGGACGAUGAAGCUGGUAGACAACUUGGUCGAUGCAGGGGACCAAUGGUACCUACAAUGCCUAGAGAAAGUGCACGACCACUCAGCAGUGCAAGGAAUCUGCGAAGUGUUGCCAUUUGGUAAGAAACAGACCUUGGUGUUGAACGGGAAGAGAAUGCAGGUACUACUCGGAGAGCCUGACAUCGUAGGGUACACCAUGUCACUGGACCCUACUGUUUAUAACCUCUGUAGAGGGCUGAAAGCAUUCUUUAAAGAUAACCGCGCUGGUGUAUUUUUGUCUAGAGUCUUAAAACUGGUUAUUUGGAAAGACAGGAUAUGUUUCUACAUUUUCGACCCAGCUGGCAGAGACUCGAGGGCGUAUUCUAACUAUUCCAAAGGAUGCGCCGCUCUCAUGAACGUCAAAGAUAUUGAGUCAGUCGCGGAGGUCGUACUGGCUCGCAGCGUCCUAGAAGAUCAGAAAUUUGUUCUGGCUUCAGUAAAAGUUCUGAAAAUGAUUGAUGAAAAAUGCGACGAUGACUUAGAAUCGGAUAAGGAACUGACACAAGCAGAAAAAGCUAUGAUGGGAUACCGAAUAUUGAACGAAAACUGUGCUAUCGUCAAUGCUAAUAUGCAUUUAGGCGAUAGAUGUUUCGAAGAAGCCAAAUUUAGGCAAGCUUUGCCCAUAGCCGUCUGUGCGAUGACUUACGCUAAAAUCUCGCCGCCGAAUACGUGGUUUUCUAAGACGCUAGACAAAGUAUUGCGUUUAGGGAACAAAUUGUUUGUGGACUGUAUGCAUCCUAAAGUAAUGAUCGAUAUAACAAUCGACAAUAUACCUAACGAAAUUAUAGUGGGGCCGUACGCUUGCGAAAUAAUCAUAUAUCGAGAGAGGGUUAAAGGACAACUUUUUACUACAAAGGAAUGUUUGCUGAAUAUCCGAACAGGAUUGGACGAAUUCUUCAGUCAUGAAUACAAUAGUGGAAUUUUGGAAUUUAAUAACUAUACUUUAGCAGUAUGGAGGCAGAAGGAUAUGUAUUAUUUGUUUGAUCCUUACCCGCGAACAAAUGACGGGUUACGUUCUUUCAAAGUUGGGAAAGCUUGCUGCUUUAUGUUACUAAAUCCGGAGACGAUGGCAGAUGUGUUUACAAAGAAUUGGGAUUAUUUACCAGCAACAACGCAAUUUUAUAUACACGCAUUCAAAGUACUGAAGUUAAAGAAGAAGCAGCCGAAAAUGCAAAUAGUAUGUACUCUCAGUGACGAACAGUUGCCGGGCGCUAAGAAGAAGGGCAAAAGAGAAGUGUUGCCAGUGUAUCAGGCGCAGGGCGACGGCAAGGAGAUCAUGCAGGAUGUGUUGCCAGUCGAUAAGCCUGGCGAGAAGCUGGCCGGCCAAGUGGAUGAAGAACAGAUGGGGGAUAUAAUUUCUCUGGUGGAUAGUAUUCAAGAGGAUUAUUUGCCACCGAUUCCACUGCGGUACAAAAAAAUGGGUCCAGAGCCAUUGGUAGAAAAAAUUGUGAAUCUGGACUCUCCGACGGUGUCGGUGACGCAGGUGGUGCCGCCGUGGCCGAAGCCCCGCGACAAGACGCACGAGCUGCCGGAGCCCGACCCCGACCCCGAGCCCACGCCGCCGCCCACGCCGCCGCAGCUGCCGCCUCCAGAAGGAGGUGAGGAACAGGACGAGGAAGAAAACGAAGAAGAGGAGGACGAGGAGACGAUGAAGAGGAAGAAGGAGGAAGAGGAGAGACGCAAGGCUGAGGAGGAGGAGGCGAGGCGGAAGGCGGAGGAACUCCCGCCGGAGAUGCCGCCGCCGCCGCCUACCCCGCAAUCCGAGAUGGAAGUGCCGCUAGCUCCAAUGCAAAUGGCCGAGGAGGAGGUCCAAACGGCAACAGCCGUGAACGUCGACCGUCGCAUACUUCUAGCCGAAGACGCCCGCUAUAGAUUCAAACUGAGGCAACUGAGAAAGAAAAUGACGCCGCCAUUGAACGAAGCCUUUCUAGAGGGCUCCCCUUCGGAGGAACUUAUGAAACCUAGCAAUUUCAAACCUUUACCAGACAAUACUCAGAUAGUAAGAGGUUCCUCGGCGAUAUCGGAAUCGCAAGCGGUGAAUGUUCUACCGUUCGCGUCAAUCAUGGCUCUGGUGACGUCGUACAAAUACUCGAUUAAUACUUGGACCCCAGGGAUUGUGAAUUUCGUUGUGGACACAGCUAAGAAGCUGUAUUCUAGUAAGAAAGAGAAGUUCCAACUGGCCCCUUUGCAUAUUAUACCUAAAAUUGGUAUUGGUCAUCAGGCAUAUCACGCGAACAUCGAUGUGGUAGGCGAAGGGCCUUCUUGGCAAAUGGAGGACGUACUUUCCCGCAAGUUUCUAAGCAAAUAUGACCGCGGCAUGCUUACCACGUCCAACUACAGCUGUGCCGUAUUCAAGAGAGCCGGCCUCUAUUACCUCUUCGAUGGUAGCAGUUGCAAUGCGAUGGGCAUCAGAGACGGGAAGGACAAAGGGAAAGCUUGCUUUUUGAGGUUUAAGACGUUACAUGACCUUGUUAGCAGAGUUUUAUUCAAUAAAGACGGAAAAGUUGAAGAUCAGCAAUUCAUUCUAAGUAGAGUUUUAGUUCGUAGCUAUUUGACUGAGCCCCGGUCUAAGUUGCCCGAGGACUAUGAUUACGAGACCAUGAAACCAAAAUCUAAGAAGUCGAGGCCCUCCAUUGUUUCAACAGGGGAGAUAAAGACUUCGAUAAAAUUAUCAGAACCCAAAAGCGAACCCGUGAUAGGAUACCAACUGAUUGAUGGUGUUUACAGAAUAGAAGGCACUACGGCUCUCAAAGAUAAAAAGAAAACCAAUGAAGUGAAGGCUUGCCAUUUCGUGAGCUUGAUAGCCAUGCUGAUGGCAGCCAUGCAUCCUAUCAGGACCUGGGAUCAUCUCAUGGUCGACACUUGCAUUGAAAAAGGACUUGAGAUACACGAGAAGGCGACGAAUUUAAGUGUUUGUGAAAAGAGAGUUAUAAAAAAUGUUAUUUUGGAUGGAAAAUUUAUCAAUAUUAAUAUAAAGAAAAUAAUUGUCGUAAAUGAAAAUGCUGAGAAGAGAAUAGAACAGUACAUACGAGCUGUGAUGAAGAGGCUACGAUACGUUAUAAUUAGAUAUCCUAUGUGCAGUAUGGUCAUUUGUCAAACCGGUGGUUUUUACCACCUCUUCGAUCCUUACGCUCCGCCGACUGAAGAGCCCGAAAAACCACCAAAGGAUGACCAAAAUAAAGUGAAGAAAGAAACCGAAGAUUUGAAACUUCCAAAAAAUCCGAGUCCCGAAGAUAAUAGAAAGGUUAAUCCAGUCGCUACUUGGACCUUAUACCGCUCUAUGGAAUCUCUGAUACGUCGUAUAAAAAAGGUUGUUGGUGGCAGAGAAGUAGAUACCCCGGAGUUUUAUACCUUCGAGUUGACUUCCGUGAAGACAGCACCUCGCCGCUCAGCUCUGAACUACAGACUUAGUCCACUGUUCAAACCGGACGAAAAUCCUAAUUUGCCAUAUUUGAAACGUAGAAAAGUUAGACCGGUUGUUGAUGAAAAAAUGUACUGGCUUAAUAUUGAUAUGAUACCGUGGUCACGUAUGAGCCCUGUCAACGACUUGGGGCUAGACAGAAGGACUCCGAAAACAAUGUGGAAAGACUGGGACAUAGAAUUCCCUGGGGACCUUUAUUCUCUCUGGGGGACUGUGCAUCCGUUAGAUACUAAAUUUAAGCCAGAAAACAGAGGAAAACAAUAUUUGGCUACCUGUGUAGUAGCAUUAAUGAUGGUUGAAGCUUGCGAUUUAAGCGCAUGGACCGGUAGUUUCCUAGAUGGUGUUGUGAAUGGAGGAGAUUUAUAUCACGCAAAAUGCGCAAACAAAUUAGCAAAUAGUAAAAACCAUGAAAUCGGUCUCAAUGAUUUGGACACGAAGUUCGACGAAAUGUUUCCGUACAGCUUUUCGGUUAGUUUUGAAAAGAUCAUAUUUGGAUUCGUUUAUAAUAUGUAUCCGGAUCGGUUUAAUUUGAGUAAAGCGUUGUCUUACUUUUUUGAGAAACAUACACGAGGAAUUUUGACUAGUCCGGCUAAAAAUUUGGCAUUUGGAAAAAGUGGAACAUCAUAUUUUAUGUUUGACUGCCAGAGCUAUGGCGCUCCCGUAUUCAGCCCGGGUCAAGGGGCUUCGUACAUGCUGAAAUGUGAGAGUCUGAACAGACUUAUUUAUUGCAUGACCAUGACACUGAACGUAAGGAGACAUGGCCAACAAUUUCAUUUGUACAAAGUGGCUGUGUCAUCAAGUGAAAAGUCACGUUGAUCAUAAUUUAACAGUUGAUAGAUACGUCGUCUUGCCACAUUGUAUUAAAAAAAAAAAUUUGUAGUUAAUAAAGCCAAACUUUUUUUCAAUCGAUUUUUUUUUAUGAUCAUGUCGAUCUCUGUGGUAAAAAAUAUUCCGCAUCUCUAAUUUAACUCGUAUAUUUUUUGGCUGGGAUUCCACCCGUAGAAGUUUGAAGUCUUAUUUGAGAUCAUACGAAGUACCUAUAAACCAUUUUGUGUUUUCAACAAAGAUGUAAUUGCCGUGAUAUGCUGUUGGUGUGCUAUAUUGCUAUGCUAUAUUUUGUUUAUCACAUUUUCAUGCAAAAGCUAUUGAACGGAUUUGUAUGAAAAGACGAACCUGCUUUAAUUUAAACGGAAAUGAAGUCGUGGGCAACGCGUUAUCAGGUAAUAAGUAAGCAUGAAUAAAUAGUUAAUUAUUCUGAAGAGAAAGAUCCCAAAUAUUAUAAAUGUGAAAGUAAGUUUAUUUGUUACCUCUUCGAGGGUUAUCUGCUGAAAUAAUCUUGAAAUAUUACGUAGCCUGAAGAGGGACACAGGGUUCCUUUCAGCCGGGUAAAAACUACAGGUUUCCAUGGGUUUUACGAAAACCUGUAUUCUUUUGUAGGUGAUCACUAUAGUGGAAAUAGUCCAGGUUCUAAAGACCCGUUACCUCUUGGUAUGGACAAGUGAAUUUUUUUAACUUUCUUAGUCAACCUAUAGCAAAAGCAAUAGAAUUUUGUAUUGUCUGCACUUUUGCCACUGAUAGUAAACUGUCCCUCUAUUAGAGCGAACAAUAAUGCCUGUUCCUCUGGCCUAAACGGUGGAAUUCAGAAACUAACCUUAAAUGUGUUGCUUCCUCCAGCUUCUGUUAUUUUCACACCGCAUGCACUCGCGUCUCUUCCUGAAGUUUCUUUGCUCGCCUUGCUUGAGUCCAUGACCGUUUAUCGUAUAGUAACGUAAUGCGAUUGACUAUUUAUUAACGGGCGUAAUUCAUCACGUCGGGGUUUAAAGCAACUUGCGAAAAAUGUGAAGGAAUAUGAUUGAA